UGUUUAUGGCUGACAUGUGGCUUUGACGAUGAGUUUGUUUAAAGAUCUUGGUCUAAACGACUGGCUGGCAGACCAGUGUACUGCUAUGGGUUUAAGUAAACCUACACCGAUCCAGCUACAAUGUGUUCCACAUAUUCUUCAAGGUGAUGACUGUAUUGGCUGUGCUAAGACAGGGAGUGGAAAGACAGCAGCAUUUGCCUUGCCCAUUUUGCAGAAACUUGCCGAGGAUCCAUAUGGAAUAUUUGCACUUGUCCUUACUCCAACCAGAGAACUGGCAUUCCAGAUAGCAGAGCAGUUUAGCGUACUGGGAAAACCCAUUGGGGUUCGAGUCACUGUCAUCACCGGUGGAUUGGAUAUGAUGAAACAGGGAAUCGACCUGUCUGUAAAGCCUCACAUCGUCAUAUCAACUCCAGGUCGACUUGCCGAUCACAUUAACAGCUGUAAGACAUUCAGUCUGAAAAGAAUCAAAUUUCUGGUGUUGGACGAAGCUGACCGCUUGCUGGAAGACAACUUUGGUUCCCAACUUGAGGAGAUCUUCAAGGUGAUCCCGACAAAACGCCAGACCCUGCUGUUCAGUGCCACCAUGACCGACACCAUACAGCAGCUGCAGGAGGUGUCCACCAACAAACCCUUCUUCUGGCAGCAGCAGUCCAGUGUUGCCACUGUUGAUGAACUCACACAGACAUAUGUCUUGAUGCCGGCUGACCUGAAGGAUGCUUACUUAAUCCACAUCCUACAGAAAUGUACAACGGAGAACAACAAGGGAUCCAUCAUCAUUUUCACCAGCACUUGCAAAUAUACCCAAAUAAUUGGCAUGAUCUGUCAUGAGCUGGGUUUUCCCACUGUCGUUCUUCACUCGAUGAUUCCACAAAAACAGCGACUCGCAGCACUUGCAAAAUUCAAGUCAAACCAAGUCCAGAUCCUCAUAGCCACAGAUGUAGCUAGCAGAGGUUUAGAUAUUCUGACUGUGGACUUCAUCAUCAACCACAAUGUGCCGAAUCGUCAGAAGGAUUAUGUCCACCGAGUUGGGAGAACAGCCCGUGCGGGACGGGGAGGCUUGGCCAUCACCUUGGUAACGCAGUUUGAUAUCAAGCUUGUUCACGCCAUCGAAGAAUUUAUCAAUACCAAAUUAACAGAGUACAAAACAGUUGAGAAAGAAGUUAUGGAGAUUCUGACAGAGGUCACCGUGGCAAGACGAGAAGCAGAAAUUAAACUUGAUGAACAAGACUUCGGGGAGAAGAAGGCAAUUAACAAAAGAAAGCAACUCAUUCUUGAAGGAAAGGACCCAGACAAAGAAGGAAAGAAAUCGAGGCGUUCAAAGGAAGAAAAAGAAGCAAAGAAUAAAAAAUACAAAGAACGAUUUAUAGGAAAGAAAAAAAAGAAGCAAAAUAGAUGACAAUGAAGUUAACCUGGUUUAGAAAAUUGGACUGAGGUGAUAUUUCAGUAUAACAAAUCGAUCUUUAUACAUUUUCAGUUUGUUGACCCGGGACAUAAAAUUAUAGCACUCGACAUCAUAAGUAGGAUGGAUUCCUUUAGGGGAAAGACACAUUUGUAUUUAUGCCCUUAUAGGAGUGGUAUAUCAAACAUGGUGGUUUGUACUGUCCUCUUUCAUAAAAUUGGACACUGAAGACAAAGUUUUACAUUGAGAGUUAUUUACAUGUGUAAGUUUUUUUCGCAAAGCAUAUUUGCAGCUACCAUAAACUACACCAUCCAUAUGGAAGCACUGCUUUUGGUAACCAAAGAUUCACUUCUUUGAUGCAUCCAUUUUCUGUGUUCAGUGCCACACCAGUAACUGAACGUCGCUCCAAUAACUGAAUGGCCCUAACGUUAUGAAUCGUAUUAAAACUAAAACGGCAUUGCAGAUGUAUGAUUUUGCUUGAUAUCGUAAGAAACAUGUUAGAAACGCAUUUCCCGUUGAAAGGAGAUUUAAUGUAUAUGCUGGUGGCAUCUUUCAGCGCCUUUUGUGUGUAUUUUAAAUGUAAGCAACAAAAGAAAAGAGCUCACUUGAAAGUACAAAUUAACAUACUGAAUGCCAAAUAGCACCAAUUGUAUAUAUACUUUUAUAUAUGUAAAACAUUCACAAUAGAAGCAUUCACAUUAGUUUAAAUCGAUCCAUUCGUUUGAGAGCAAAAACAAACAGUGUUAAUACUGUUCUUUGGUGGUAACCAGACUGUCUAUAAUAAUGUAUUAACAAGUCCCUCUGCCAUGUACCGUGUACAAACAGUGACAGCCAAACACAUAACCAUCGUUCCAUUUAGUCAGCGAUCUAUUAUUGUGUAAUGAACACCUGAAUCCGAGACACCCGCACUUCACUUGGCUGACAAUUCAUUCUUCUUUAAAAUAUUACCAGCAACGUAGGCUUGAUCAAUCAACACACUUCGAGUUUUGGAAGUGCAAUAUCUAUUAAAUAUCUACAUGUAUGGUAGGACCAAACACUUGGUUUGGGAGAUUGAGGUUUGAGUUUUUGAAGGCUGUUAUUACUAGUUUUAUUAGCAAUUCUGUCAGGACCAUUGCUUCAGUUUGAGAGAUCGAUGUUUAACUAUAUAUAUAUAUAUAUAUAGAUAUAUAGAACUCUGAUCAAUUUUAUAUUGGACAGUCAGUUCGUAUCCAACGACAACCUGCUAACAUAAAAAAGAUACUAACAAAGGCUCAGUAUUCAGAAUGUAAAGACUCACAGUAUGGUACAUGUGAACACUUGCUCGAAGGUUCAACAUUUAUAAAUGGCCAAUUCCACGGUGACAGACGUUACAUUCAGAGAGGUUGGAGGUCAUUCCAGCUGCCCUGAUUGCUAGAGUAGUACCCGCAGUAAAUUGGUAUUGUGUAUGAUACUUGCCAUUGUUCAUGUCUAUUUGGUGCCACAGACAAAAGUGCUUAGAAAUAUUUAUGGCUUGGUGGGUAAUUAGAAAUAUGUGCAUGACAGAUGUUACUUCAAAAGGACAUACACAUGUAGGUAAAAAGCAACUAACUUCAUUUCCAAAUUGUAUGAAACCCUUAAAUUGUACAAAUCAAUGUUUUCCCUUGAAGUAAAGGUAACAUAGCUAUAGAAGACUACCAAUUACAAUUCAGCUCUAAACUAAAAGUGUAAGGAAAAUUAUAACAUAAUUGUGUGUGACGGAUGUUACAUUUUGUCCACUGACAUAAAAUGAAGUUCUAAGUCUAUAAAAAGCAGUACAUUGUCCACUGCUGUGAUAAUAAAACAUUUUAUUGCAUUGUGAAUAUCAUGUGGAUUUUGAUUAGUUUUAAUUAAACUUUCACAGACUUUCAAUUUAAUACAAAGCCAUUGAGUAUUUAUCAAUAUAUCUAUAGUCUCUUAAAUAUUUCUGUCAUGCAACAGCCUUCAUUUAUUUUAAAGGUAAAGCUCAUGAAAACACUGUCAGGUUCAAGACAAACAUUGUCCCCUAAAAUGGUUUUAAAAGGGUCUGCAAAUAAAAAAGAACCUAUGUCGAUAAUGAUAAGUUACAAGACAAGAUAAGGAAUUUACUGUGAAGAGCAAUAUGACUUGCUCAUCAACAACUAUAAUUUGUGUUUUGAAAUGUACACAAUGUGGUCAAUUGUAUAUUGGGUAGUCCAUUCAUCUUCGAGAAAGAGAAACCAAUUGUGCAUACAGAACACGGACACCUGCAUGCUUCCAAACACAUUCAUUGUUGUGCGGUGGCUGACCAUUUUAAGAUAUUUUCAAUAUACAAACUAUUUGCUAAUCAAGAACAAAAUGUUAAAGGGACAUUCCUGACUUUACUCAAAUAUAUAUUUCUACAUAAAAUAUUAGUGACUGUAUAUCAAACUUGUUUCUGAUCGUUCUAAUAUUUGUACUAGAUUAAAUUUCAUUU